CACGAAAAUGGGACUUGAAACUCGCUCGCUUCCAUCACAAAAGAGCUUCGAUCAUGCGCUCUGAGAGUUUGGGUUGAAAGAUGCAGUCAAAAUGGUCGCUCACGAUGAAGAAGCCGAUGCCUUGCUUGAGGAGUUUGAACUGCGAGAGGAGGUCAAGGUCCGAGAUGAUCGAACCCCGCCUUCAGUGUGUCGCACGUGCGGUUGGAGAUGGAUAACAGCUCUUAUCGUGGUCGCACUACUAUCGGCAAUCGGGGUCGUAGUGGUAUUGCAUGGUCCGUUAAGCAACCAGUUGAGCGAUGAUGCUACCGGUCAUCUUGGGUACCGACUCCAUCCUCAGAGUCAUGCAUCACGUCCCCCAACAACACAAUCUUUCAACUGGACUAUUACAGCUGGGACCAGAUCUCCAGAUGGAGUUGAGAAAAGAGUGUACCUUGUCAACAAUGAGUUUCCAGGACCCCUCAUCGAGGCCCGGUCUGGUGACCGACUUGUGAUUCAUGUUCACAAUGGCGUUCAAGAUGAAGGUGUAUCUCUUCAUUGGCACGGCCUGCGCAUGAAAUACCAGAACAGUAUGGACGGUGCUGUUGGGUUUACACAAUGUCCUAUCGCUCCCGGCAGAAGUUUCACUUACAACUUCACCAUUGGCGCUGAAGAACAUGGGACCUUCUGGUGGCAUUCCCAUUCCGAUGUUCAACGUGCCGACGGCCUAUGGGGAGGUCUGAUCGUACACUCACCAGAUGAGAUUGAUUUGCAACGUGAAGAAUACUUACUCAUGGUCAGCGACUGGUUUCACCAGAAUCAAACAGAAGUACUACGCUGGUAUGCUGAUGCGAGUAGUCGAGGGAAUGAACCCGUCCCAGAUUCAUUGUUGCUCAAUGGUCAAGGACGCUUCAACUGCUCCAUGGCUGUUCCUGCGAGACCAGUUGCUUGCUCUCAGGUCCAGUUUAGUGACCUCAAGCCCCUCGUGAUGUCUAGGGGCCAGAAGAAGGCCAGACUUAGAGUUGUCAACGCAGGCUCCGUCGCAGGCCUUUCCCUAAGAGUUGGUGGAGCAAUCAUUCGACCAGUUUGCGUGGAUGGAGGCUUCGCUGUCAAAGCUGAAGCUACUGAAACAGUUGGUAUUCUCUAUCCUGGUGAGAGAGUUGACCUCGAGGUUGAGUGGAAGGGGAACCACGCGGGAGACCAUCGGCUGACCGUUUAUCUUGAUGACGAAAACUUUGGCUAUCCCAACCCAGCACUGAACCCAACCCAAAGCUUCCCAAUGUUCAGCUCAAGCACAAAGGGAUCAUCCAAUGAACCUGUUCCUCAGCCUUUGGAACAAGAUGAGAUCCAGGUCCUUGACUCGCAGAAUCUCAAAACCGCAACGAAGGUAUCGGACCUCCCAGCAAAGGCAGAACAGACUAUCCUGCUUUACGCUAAGGUUGAGAAGCUGGCGCACAUGGACUAUGCACCAGUCGGAUUCAUCAAUCAUACAUCCUGGACGCCACAAACUCCACCUUUACUGGCUCAAAACCGGACUUCAUGGGACGAGAACCAACUCAUCCCAUUUAUCGGGAUAUCGGGCAGCAAACCGAAGAGAGUCGACAUCGUCAUCAACAACCUGGAUGAUGGCGCGCAUCCGUUUCAUCUUCAUGGGCAUUCAUUCUACGUCCUAUCAUCAUACCGAAAUCCAGGUCGUGGGAGCUGGGGCAGUUAUAAUCCGUACACAGACGAGGCGCCACCGAACGGCUUGAAUCUUGAGUUUCCGGUGCGAAGGGAUACUGUGAGUGUACCACGGCGCGGUCAUGUCGUGUUGGCGUUGGUGGCUGAUAACCCGGGAAUAUGGGCGUUGCACUGCCACAUGCUUGUUCACAUGGCGCGGGGUAUGGCGAUGGGGUUACAUGUUGGCGAUAUCGAGGAUCCAGAGCGUGUAGGCUCGGUAGAUGUGCGGGCGGCGGAGUUGUGUGAGUAAUCAGUUGAUUUUUUUGGUAACAAUCGUAUGAGUUUUGAACAUUUUACUCGCGACUGGAUGAUAUCUUUUCCAGGUGUUGCGUGGCCUGCCAAGAAAUGGGCGAUUAGCCUGAUCUGGGUGCUAUCCGAAGCCAAGACCCCCACUGUCGCAAGCUCCCAGUCAUCAAUUUUGUGAACAACAAGCUAUACAUCGCAUUUCAGUCUGGUUUUGCACUGUUUUUAAAACUAUUGCCAGUAAGGAAGAUCAGCGGUGACUCGAAUGUUUAUAAAAACUGGUUUCAUCGACUUUAUAACCAUUUUCCCUGGUGGCUUUAUGCUUCAGUGCCACGAUUCUAGAC